CUGAGAAAUGAGAAGCUUGUGUACGUAUAUAUGUACGUGGAUUAUGUGUCGUACUACAUGCACGAUGAAAGUGCAACGUAGUCCUACCACACGAUGGACACACACUACGUGUCCAGAAUCGUGAGAGAGAAGAGUCGGCGUGUGAACACGCGAGCAAUAUACUCUUCGACAAACGAAGAAACGAAGAACAAGGUACCGAAACGAUAGAGAAAGAGAAACAUAAGAAUCGAAUUUCGACCGUGCUAAACAGGAAGAGAGAGAGAGAGAGAGAGCUGGCAAAACAACCCCCUCACGUCUUGCUCCGCUUUCCACGAUUUUCGCGAACAACGAGGCUGAUCGAUAUCAUCGGGUUAAAAGGGAAAGCUCGUCACCGUGAACCACGUUACAUCUGGGAAUUUUAAUCUUAUUAAUGUUUCUUCCUGACAUCUCUUUAAUUCGCUUAUUCGCUUAUUCGUCGAGGAAGAGGGUGCGCGAAAUUCAAAAGGAAGGAUUUUCGCAUUUUUCGAUCCUCCAGCCGUAAGCUUCGAAAAAGAGCAAAGUUCAAAGUCGAAAGACAUUGGUCGAUCUCUCUGUGGUCUCCCCCUUCCAGUCUUCUCUCUCACUCUCUCCACGACAAUGCACACGAGUGAGAGAAAGAAAAAACCCCUGUGUUUGUGCGGACGCGAUGCCGUUAACCACGUGUGACUUAUGAGAACGGAGAUCUAUUCCAAAAGAUAGUUCGAUUUUUUGGAUCAAUCGUGAAUUGAUCAAUGCAUCAAUCGUGAAUUGAUUUAGUGAUAAAUAAUAAGGAUAAAGGAUUCCUUAGAACGAUCGAAGGAACGAAGAAUCAAUGAAAUCGAUCAACGUGACGUGACGUGAAGGAAAGAAAAUAAAUGAGAGAGAUCUCUAAAUCGAGUAUCUCUGUUAAAUCGGCGAUUAGUUAUUUAUCAUCGAACGGGGAUUUACGAGUGGAAAUUAAAGAAGACUGGGGAAACGAAUCGAUUGAUUUACAGUUAUUCACGAUUUUUCUUGAUUUCGGACGGCAAAUCGAAUACAAAGAUUGAUUGUAAUGCCAAAAAUGUCACCGGAUUACGUUAAAGCCAUCGAGGGUGGCGUACAUCCAACGCAGACUAUAGAAACAAAAAUCUUCGCGAGAAGAUGGCUGAUCUUGACGAUCUUCGUAAUAUACAGUGCCAGCAACGCAAUGCAAUGGAUUCAAUACAGUAUUAUCGCAAACAUAGUCGAACGAUAUUACAAAGUUUCAAGUUUUCUAGUGGAUAUGACGAGCAUGAUAUAUAUGAUAACGUACAUUCCAUUCAUAUUUCCAGCUAGUUAUCUUCUCGAUAGAUUCGGGCUCCGAUUUGCCGUUAUAGUUGGAGCAGUCGGAACGGCCCUCGGUGCAUGGAUAAAAGUUUUUAGUGUUUCACCAGAUCUAUUUUGGCUUACCUUUAUUGGUCACACGUUGGUCGCCGUUAGCCAAACUUUCGUUCUAUCCGUUCCUGCUCGAUUAGCAGCUGUUUGGUUCGGUCCCGACCAAGUUAGUAGCGCCUGUAGCAUCGGCGUUUUUGGAAAUCAGUUGGGUAUAGCCAUAGGUUUUCUAUUUCCACCGAUCUUAGUACCGAACAGCGAUGAUAUUGCCGUAGUCGCGCAUGGCCUUCAAAUCAUGUUCUAUAUCGUUGCAGCCCUCACGUCUAUCAUAUUGGUAUUAAUAUUUCUCUUCUUUAAAGCGCAACCACCCCUUCCUCCAAGUCCGGCGCAAGCCGUACAAAGAGAGAACGAUACGCCAGAAGAUUUUAUACAAUCCAUCAAGAGGCUCUUCACCAAUGUGGGAUACCUGUUGCUUUUAUUGAGCUAUGGUAUAAACGUCGGGAUAUUCUACGCCAUCAGUACGCUUCUCAAUCAAAUCAUUUUAGAAUAUUUCCCGGGACACGAAACAGAUGCUGGUAGAAUCGGCUUGACCAUCGUAUGUGCCGGAAUGUUGGGUUCGGUAAUCUGUGGUAUCGCGUUAGAUAAAACGCAUAAGUUCAAAGAGACGACUCUUGGAAUUUAUUUCUUCUCCUUCCUGGGUAUGAUCGUUUUCACGUUUACUCUGGACAUUGGUCGGAUAUACGUCGUUUACAUCACAUCCGCUUUACUUGGAUUUUUCAUGACCGGUUAUUUACCGGUAGGCUUCGAACUCGCUGCUGAAUUAACCUAUCCAGAACCAGAAGGAACAUCCGCAGGAUUGCUCAACGCCACUACACAGGUAUUAGGUAUAGUCUUCACGAUCCUCUAUGGUUAUCUGAUCAAACUAGUGGGCGAUUUAUGGGCAAAUAUAGUUUUAUGCAUCGCCCUAGCCAUUGGAGCCUUUCUCACAACGAUAAUACCCAACGAUCUUAGAAGACAGAACGCUAAAUUUUAAAAUAUAUAACGAAAGUACAAAUGUAGGCCGUAAACUUGACGUCGAGAGAUAUUAUUUUUUUGAAGCUUAAACGACGGUGACCUUUCCAUACUGUUGCAUACGUGUUUUAUUUAAUACGAUCUAUCGUUCAUCGGAAAGCGUACUCGCAAUCGUCGUCCUCGACUUUAAUAGAAUAUUAAAUAUCAUAACGAUAAUGAGAUUUGCGUCACGACCAAAUAUUUUUAUUGAAUAUAAUCUAACAAUAAGUAGAAAGUAAGAAACGUUGAUCCCUAAAUUCGUAGAUGAAUAUUUUUUUCAACAAGAUAUAUAUAUAUAAAAAAAAAAAAUAUAUAUAUAUAUAUAUAUAUAUAUUUUUCUAGAUGGAUUGACAGAAAAAGAUAAAAUUGCAGGACAAUAGAUACAAUAAUAAUAAGAAUAAUAUAAAAAAGAAUAUUUUUAGUACGUAGAAUCGUAGAUAUAGGAUAUUAUGAUGCUGCGCAUCGAACACCGUAAUUAUAUUUUGUCUAUGAUUAAAGAAAAUGGAAUUAGAAUUAAA